CCCGUACUUCGACCAUUUACCAUUUACAAAUCAAAGAACCCAUAAUGAAUAUCAGUGAUGUAUCUUGCGAGUCAAUGGAAGUUGAUAAAAGUUCAAACUCUGUAAAAAGUGCAAACGAUUCAAUUUCUGACUAUUUUAACAAAGUGAACUUAAAAAGUGAAGCUAUACCUGAGAAAUCUAUAUUCGGUGGCAACUACUCAGGAAGCAGUGAUGGCAACAUAAUAUUAAAGAAUAGAAUAACAACGCACAUAAUCAAGACGCCCAGUUAUGAGGAAAGUGGUAUCAAAACGGCUAUCCAUACGCCUGAGGGUAAAAUAACACGAAUUGAAACUAGAAAAAGCUGGGGCUGGGAUAGACCCAGCUUAGGAAAUAAAAAUACACCUUUUGGGAAUAGUGUCACUACGUCUUCACCUAUUCAAGACAAUUUAUCCCUGAAAAAAGUAUCUCCUAAGGUUAUACCAGAAAAAGCCAAAGAAAAAACAUAUUAUAACCUGGAAAAAAUUAAGACAGCAUAUAAACCUCUACAAAAAAGCAGUCUAUCAAGCAAUGAAGGUACAAUAAACACUACUAUUAUAAAGUUGAAUCAUAAAAAGUUUGAUUACAGACAAGCUCUUAUUCGAACAUCUUCUGUAGCCCUGUGCCUGGCAAUAGUUAUUUAUUUUAUGUUCAACGUAAAAUGUUUAGAACAUGUUGAAAUCAGUAAGUUACAUGAAACAUUGAAGGAGAACAUAUUUGGUCAGAAUGUUGCAAUCAGUGAAAUUGUAUCAGCCAUGGAUAUGCAGUCCACCUCUAAAGUGUUAUUUUUGUAUGGCGGUACUGGUGUUGGAAAAACAUAUACAGUGUCUCUAAUGAUGAAUGAUCUAUGGGAUUAUUCCAAUGUAUACCAUUACACAAUGCCUUCAUUCAGAGAAAAAUUCACUAGUGACGGUUUGGUUGGCUUGAUUCUAUGUAAAUCCAAUAUAUUUAUAGUAGACGGACUCACUAGUGAAGACUUGGAUGUGCAUACACAAGUACAAGCAGUGAUCAAGAAGAGCACUGAUCUAAAACAUACUAUAACUGUUAUUCUCAUUUAUAACUGUGAUACAGUAAACUCUAAUUUUGUACGAGACUGUGAUAGUAUAUUUGUGGACACCCUGAAGCACAGCUUUAAUGAAUUAAAUGUUUUAAAGCAAUUUAUUAAGUUUGAACCACUAAAAGAAGAACAUUUGAGGAAAUGUAUCCAAGCUGAGAUAGGCUCUGAAAUAUCUGAAGUGAGAAUGCAAGAGUAUUUGAAAAACUUUGAUGUUACAGCUGAUGGCUGUAAAGGAGUUCCAAGUAAAGUGAAGUUUUUGAAUAUGAUGUGAUUUAAGGUACGAACAAUUCUUAAAUAGCUUCUGUAAUUAAGUAGAAAGAGAUACUCUUGUAGUUAGUUCUUGCCUAGCUAUAUGUUGGUAAAGCAGGGUUUACCCAAUGACAGUGUCUCGUAGUCCAUACAUAAUCUUAUUGUGUACCUACUUAUAAUAAUUAUGCUAUUUCAAUAUGUAGAACCAAACAGUAGUGAAUUUAGAUAUUUAGUCAAACUUGCUGUUUCAAAAAACAUUAUGAAUAUUCUGUUACUUAUAUAUGUACCUACCACCUGUAUAAUAUAAUGACACCAAAAAUGUGCCUUCUAAUCAGUUUAAUUAUUAGAAAUCACAGGUAGGGACUAGCACAACAGUGACUCGACUGAGAGGGCACAACAGACAUGUACCUAGGUUACUUUUGCUUGAGACAAUAGUGUAUUUGCCAUUUGACCAUUAUAAAUACUGUAAAUUACUUUAUUUGUGUAUGUAUACCCAAU